AUUGUCACCCAAAAUAUUCUACGGGUUUAUUUGGACAGUAUGUCUGUUCGCCGAGCUUCGAAGGGGAAGAAACGGGCCGUGGAGGAUACAUUGAGCGAGGAAGAACAAACGAGCGAUUCAUCGUCCCCCGAUGCUACCGACGCUCCGCAGUCUACACGAACCCGCGAGAAACAACCCGCAGUGCCGGUGAAGAAGCCUAAACGCGCAGAGACACGCAGAUGCCCAGUGUGUGACGAAGCUAUUCCCCUCAGGUUGCUAGGCAAGCAUGCAAAUUUAGAGACCGAGAGAUUGGAGGAAAUAAUACGGUCCGUUGGGUCUACGGAAGUAUUGGGCGAGGCUGAGCCUGAGGACAGCUCGAGUGCCCGGACACGACGUUCUGCAUUGAAGGCGCGCCAGAGCCUCAAGCCGGGAUCCUCUUCGACCUCGGAGGCGAUAUUGGAGCAGACGAUGAAGACGCUGCGCAUGCUGAAGAAGCAUCGGAAGCAGCGGCAUGCGAAGCUGCGCGAGCUCACGAGGGAGGACGAGGACAAUCGUUGGUGGGGCACGAGGCAGCGCGGGGCGGACGGGGAGGGCGAGGGGCAGGUCUGUCCGGUGUGCGCGAAGUUCGUGAAGGGAGACGUGGACGUGGUGGAGGCGCAUGUGGACUCGUGUCUGGCGUUCCUGAGGUUGACGACCGAGGAGGAGGAGCGGAGGCGGGGACAGGCUAGAGAGAGGAAAGGCAGCGCAGACGCAGAGUUGGAUGGGGACAUUGAUAUUGAUGGUGACGAUGGGCACUAUGGGGUCAUGGAAGGAGCAAGUUUUCAAGGUACUGGGUUCGACAUACGCAACCGUAACGACCAGGAUGUUGACGAGGAUAUCGACGUGGAUGGCGAGGACGAAGUCCUAUUUGGCGCGCCCCAGUUCACCGAACACGACGUGCUUGCACCAUCAGUGGAUCCUGCUGAAGUUAGCGGAGCACAGUCGGAUGCAGGCACUGAGGCUGACGUCGAUGUCGACGGGGCGGUGGCUUCAGGAGGCACUGAGGCUGUUGUACCAGAGAGGGACCCCAGGAAGGGAAAGUCUCUGAAAGAUCUCGUUGCCGAGGGGAAAGUCGUCCGUCAGCAAGUGGAAGAUGCGAAGCGAAUGAUGGACGAAGUGAUGGGAGUGGGCGACGCGGAACAAGUCGACCUUGCGGUGGAACUUGCGCGAAGAAGUGGCGACCGCUCUGCUAUGGUUAGGGCCUUGGAGAAUAAGGUCAAACUCUUGGAGUCCACGAAAGUGUCGUCUUCGACGUCCUUGCUGUGCCGUAUUUGCUUGGAUCCAUAUUCUGAACCCACCGUCUCGACUGGGUGCUGGCAUACCUGCUGCCGCGAAUGUUGGCUGCGUUGCCUUGGGUCGACCAAGCUAUGUCCCAUCUGCAAGAGAAUCACAGGAGCGGCUGAUCUGAGAAGGGUGUACCUAUAGACUGUUCUAGAGAAGACUAAUUCCGCGGCUUUCUUACUGUUGUCUUCUUGUUGUGGAUGUAUUGAUAUCCUGCUGUGAAGUUGUUAUGAGCAUUCUUGUCUGGCG